GUUAAGCUUGUGGGAGUGUAGUGUUAGCACCACACUACCACACCAUAUCAUACCACAUAACACACCACCACCAUCACCACCACACACCACCACACCUCACCGCACCAUACCACACCACACCACCACCAGACACCACCACACCACACCACACAACACUGCAUCACACCACACCACACUACCACAACCAGGGUAGCCUUGGCGUCACGACCUGCCCAGCCUCGCCGAGCCCCUCCGACCCCCGCCCUGUCCUGCCACGGCUAGGGAAAGCGCCGUAAUAAAAACUGCACCGAACCGAUCAGGGCCAAGACCAAGACCUUUUCCUGCACCGAGUCCUUCAAAAUAAACAUUUGCGCGGGUUUUCUUACAAGGUGUGGCUGACUGGUUGUCCUCUGCACACCUUGACUGUCAACGAUUUACAGAAUGCACGAUAAAGAUGAGAUACGAGGCGCUCUCUUGAGGCUCCUCCAGGGAAAGACUGAUGGGGGCGAGGUGAUGACAGUCGGGGAGGACCAGAUCAUCAUCAGCCGUGAGGCGUGUCCUGCCGUGCUGCUCUCUGCCAACAAAAACCUUCCUGAAAUACUUCUUGUGCAGAAGUUUACUCAGCACAAGAAGGGUAGCAGCUCCAGCAUCACCAGCAGUGUCUCUUGUAGCACCCCAGUGGCUGUGAGGAAUGGCCAUGCAUCUUCCACUAAUGGUGUAUCAAAUGAUGAUUUGGAUGUGACAGGAUCCCCUCUGAAGUGCCCCUUUAUGCAGGCCAAGAUGGAACCCAACGAUGCUCCCUUCACCAUUGUCCUUGACUUCUGUGGCAAUAAGAAGAAAGGCAAAAUUAACCUGACUUACAUUCCCAUUCCCAGCACCAGAGUGGGUCUAAUCGCCUCAAAGCUCAACUUGACACUAAGCAAACUUCAAGAUGUGGAUGAAUUUGUACCUCUGUGGCUUGUCUGUGAUGGAAAAGAUGUUCAGAAAACAUUGUUCAUGGGCAUCCACCGGACGAAGGACACUCAUGCCCGCAUUCUGAUUACUUCAGGAGGCCCUUACUACAGCAUGGAGGACCUGCCUUCCCUGAACCACCUCAUGGAGCAACACACAGCCACUGGCCCCACUAAAAGGGUGGACAGUUCAGUGGAAGCAACUUACAGUGUACUGGCAAGUGAGGAUGAAAUCAGGAGCUCCAGUCUGAGCCUUACUUGCUGCUGGAAACAGCCCCUCACUCUGCUGAGUUCCCCUGCACCUGAUGCCCAAGCCAUUGCUAAUGUGCAUGUGGUGUGUGGGGAUCCUCGCAGCCCCGUCCAUCAGAUGUACCUGGAGCUCAGUGUCCUGCGGGGGUUUGUGAAGGGCCUGAAGACGGGUGAAGUGUCAUGGUACGUGCGUGAGAACUCCAACACUGUGGCAGAGGAGCUGGAGGAGGUGUUCACCAGCAUCAGGGACAAGGGUGUGAGGACAAAGAGGGAGGAGGAUGGUGGCUGUGACUUUGACAUGAUGAUUGAGGGGAAAUUCUUGAACUGGCGCCAGAACAUGGACUUCACUGAUCGCCUUUGGAGUAUCCUGAUGAGAUGUGAGUCUUACCAGGAGCUCAAGGACAGCCUGAAUCUGGUUUUCAAGGCGGUGGCGGGUGAGGAAGUUCGGCCACAGAUUCACGUCCGUAACACCACACAGGUUGGGUCUGUGGUGCGUAACUUGAUAAGGGGACGUGGGAGUCUGCCGCAGCUCAGAGACCUCACACCUCUCCUCAUGCUUAUUGAGAUAGGCUAUGAAAAGCUCAAGAGGGACUACAUCAACAUCUUCCAGGCUGGAGACCUUGUGACAGGGGAGCAGCUGUUGUGGUUCAUUGAGGACAGGUCAUCGAACAACGAGGACAUGGUGUCGGCGGUGGAUCAGCUGGAGAGACUUCAUGUGGCCCUGCAGGCAGUAGUGGCACUCAGAACCUAUCUCAGCCUUCCUUGGGCCUCUAUGGCUCAUUUCACUGACCAGGUGUUGAACCAGAUGAAGGAGGAGAAGCUCAGUGGUGCACACUCCUUCUCACUGAAGCUUGAUGCUCUUUCUGUCCACCAGCAGUUUGACAGCAUGAAGGAGGACACAUGGGAGGUCAGUCUGCACAGCCAAGAGGGGAUGUAUUCCAAGCUGCUGGUGUGCCACAUCUCCCACAGACCCUUCAUCAGUCUCUCCUUGACUGCUGCAGAUUUCGAGGACCUGCAGGGUGGUGAGCUAAAGGAGGAAGAUGAGGACGAUGGUGAUGAUAAGUACUUUUGUGCCUUCAUCUCCAGCGUCACUGAUAAACUUCUCCAAUAUUGAGCAUCAUCACAGUAGCCAGUGGUGUGUUAAUACAGAUUACAUGUAUUGCUUAGAUACGGUGAAGCUAGUUCUGUGGUACUCUUAUAUACUCUUACAUUUUGAAGUUAUAACACUGUUUUUGCUUGAUUAAAGGUGCUUUAUAUGAAA